AUGGGCAGCCCCUGGAACCGCAGCGACGGCGCGGAGGGCGCACCGCUGCCCUGUGACGAGCGCCUCUGCUCGCCCUUUCCCCUGGGGGCGCUGGUGCCGGUGACCGCCGUGUGCCUCGGUCUGUUCGCCGUCGGGGUGAGCGGCAACGUGGUGACGGUGCUGCUGAUCGGGCGCUACCGGGACAUGCGGACCACCACCAACCUGUACCUGGGCAGCAUGGCCGUGUCCGACCUGCUCAUCCUGCUCGGGCUCCCCUUCGACCUGUACCGCCUCUGGCGCUCGCGGCCCUGGGUGUUCGGGCAGCUGCUCUGCCGCCUCUCGCUCUACGUGGGCGAAGGCUGCACCUACGCCACGCUGCUGCACAUGACGGCGCUCAGCGUCGAGCGCUACCUCGCCAUCUGCCGCCCGCUCCGCGCCCGCGUCCUAGUCACCCGGCGCCGCGUCCGCGCACUCAUCGCGGCGCUCUGGGCAGUGGCGCUGCUCUCCGCAGGGCCCUUCUUCUUUCUGGUGGGCGUCGAGCAGGACCCCGGCAUCGACGCGGUCCCGGACCUUAACGGCAGCGCGCCGCUCACCCCCUCGCCCCGCACCUGGCCGCCGCCGUCGCCCCUCGGGGCCUCGCUGGCGCCACCGCUGUCCCCGCCGUCGGGGCCCGAGGCCGCGGAGGUCGCGGCCGCCGCGGCGCUGUUCAGUCGCGAGUGCCGGCCGAGCCCGUCUCAGAUGGGCGCGCUGCGCGUCAUGCUGUGGGUCACCACCGCCUACUUCUUCCUGCCCUUUCUGUGCCUCAGCGUCCUCUACGGGCUCAUCGGGCGGGAGCUGUGGAGGAGCCGGGGCCCGCUGCGAGGUCCAGCCGCCUCCGGGCGCGAGAAGGGCCACCGGCAGACGGUCCGCGUCCUGCUGGUGGUGGUUCUGGCAUUUGUAGUUUGCUGGUUGCCUUUUCACGUGGGCAGGAUCAUUUACAUAAAUACAGAAGAUUCUCGGAUGAUGAACUUCUCUCAGUACUUUAACAUUGUUGCUUUGCAACUUUUCUAUCUGAGUGCAUCCAUCAACCCGAUCCUCUACAACCUCAUUUCCAAGAAGUACAGAGCAGCGGCCUGGAACCUGCUGCUGGCCAGACAGUCCAGACAGAGAAGUUUCUGCAGAAGCAGGGACAUGGAGGGGGACACAGGAGGAGAUACUGCUGGCUACACGGAGCCGAGCACCAAAGUACAGACGUCAUCAACCAGCAUGGCCAAGCAAGUGGCUUCCUCCCCCAACGUGGGGACCUCAGGGAAAACAGGUCUGUAGGGAAAGAAGGACUGCAAGUGGGGAACUGAUGCCAUUAGGAAGAAUUGGGAAGAGUGGUCGGCAUUUUGCAA